AUGUACAGUACUGGACAGUGGGUUGAUAUGUACUGUGAUGGACUCUAUAAACCGGUCUGCUCCAAUGUGACAGGACAUAACGUUGCAUUUGUCUUCAUCAACACUCCAAUGAGCUGGAUGGAGGCUCAGAGGUACUGCAGAGAACACCUUACAGACCUGGCCAUUCCCAGAAACCUGUCAGAGAAUGAGAAGAUAAGAGCAGUAAUACCUGGAGGUGUGUACAGCUGGAUCGGCCUGCACAAAGAUACCUGGAAGUGGUCGGAUGGAUCUUUGUAUGUGUUUAAUCGCUGGACAUCAGGCCACCCUACUGGCGGGGAGAAAAAUGCGCAGCAAGUGGUGAAAGUGAAGUUAGUGGGAAACUCUGCUCUGGAUCUGAAUGACCCUGCUGUCCUGGGAAACCUACAGGCUGAGCUCAAAGAGAAGGUGAAGGAGCAGGGUGUUGCUGCAGAAAUCAAACUGAGCUGGAAGAAACAACUGGAUGGAAAGAUCUUCUACAAGGAGAAGAAGGACCAAAACUGGAAGUGGUCACUGCCAGAUGAAGAUUUCUACUCAAAUGAUCAAAACAUCAGAAACUGGGCAUAUGCAGAGCCAACCAGCCCCUGGUUCACUGCAGAAUGUGUUCAUAUGUAUGACAAUGGACUCUGGAACGAUGCUCCGUGUGACUGGCAUUAUGGAUUUAUCUGUGCCAACAUCAGUGGACAGACUGUGAAAUUUGUCUUUAUCAACACAAUAAUGAACUGGACUAAUGCUCAGAGGUACUGCAGACAACACUACACAGACCUGGCCAGUGUCCGAAACCUGCAGGAGAAUGAGCAGAUUAGGACGAUGAAGCCUGGUGUGAUUGCCUGGAUCGGUCUUUAUAGAGACACCUGGAAGUGGUCAAAUGGAAAUCUGUACUUAUUUUACUACUGGGCAUCGGGACAACCUAAUGGUGAGACGGAGAAAUGUACCUCUGCAGACUUCAGCCUCUCUGGCCGGUGGAACGACUGGUCGUGUUCUUUGAAGAAGGCAUUUAUCUGCUACCUUGAUGCUGUGCCUUUCACGAAGCAAGCAGUGAAGCUGCAGCUGGUGGGAAACUCUGCUCUAGAUCUGAAUGACCCUGAUGUCCUGGAGAAGCUGCUGGAGGAGCUCAAACAGAAGGUGGAGGACCAGGGAGUGAGAGCAGACAUCAAACUGAGCUGGAAGAAAUGUCCCAAUGGAAAGACUUUCUGCAAGGAGAAGCAGAAGGACCAAAAUUAACCCAAUGUUUCUCGAGAUCAGAAAUAGUCUGUUUCAUACCAAUUCUUAUACUAAUUAUAAUAUCUGUUAUAUAUUUACUGAAAUUAAUGUGUGAGUAGAACUGAAGCAGCAGCAGAAGUUAAAGGGAAUUUGUUUUACCAGAACAAUCGGAUUCAAUUAAUGAACCACAACAGACAUUUAUCAAAAGCAGCUUUUCUUCACAGCUAAGAGGACAAAACAAACUUUAAAGGAGGUGUUUAGAACAGUAGCUACUUUGAUGCAUUUUCCUUUGUUUAAACCGACAUAGAUCCUCUGUGGUAGAAGUAAUGCUCCACCAACAG